GAUUUUAACACCGUUGGUUGAAUGCUAUUAAUUCGUUGAUCACCGUUGAUCACCAAUCAACUUCAUCGGAUCAACGUUGAAUCAACAGUGAUGUGCACAACGGUUAAUUAUGGCGUUUUCAAAAGUAAAAUGGAUAGAACCACAUGCAAAUGGAUCUAGUAAAAUCCAGUAUGGGACGGUGCCAACAAACUGGAUUGAAGAAGAAGAAGGGCAAGAGUUUAUUCGUUGGCCUUGCAAUGCUAAAGAUGUAGAGCCGUACAUAAAGCGUUGCCAAAAUCCUGGCAUUAAUUGGUUGUUUUUUGUUUUAGUUCAACAUUUUGGGAGUGCAGACAGUUACAUAAAUUGUGAAUCAAUUAAAACAUGCUCAGAAUCUGAAUCUGACCACAAUUCGCAAUUGGGGAAAAGGAAAUACAACCAAAUAGAUUCAUUUGCCUAUCAAAAGCAAUCAGAAAAAAGAUUAGCUAAUGCAAGAAAAUCGAAAACAAAGAAAUUGAGUUAUAUAAAAACAAGUGACGAUGAAGUCAGUUUUUCCAGUACACCAUUUCCAAAAUUAGACGAUAAUGGUUCUUCUUGUGUAUACUCAUACAACAAUUCAGCAACAAUUAGUUCCAGUGAAGGGUUAAUUAUGGCGUUUUCAAAAGUAAAAUGGAUAGAACCACAUGCAAAUGGAUCUAGUAAAAUCCAGUAUGGGACGGUGCCAACAAACUGGAUUGAAGAAGAAGAAGGGCAAGAGUUUAUUCGUUGGCCUUGCAAUGCUAAAGAUGUAGAGCCGUACAUAAAGCGUUGCCAAAAUCCUGGCAUUAAUUGGUUGUUUUUUGUUUUAGUUCAACAUUUUGGGAGUGCAGACAGUUACAUAAAUUGUGAAUCAAUUAAAACAUGCUCAGAAUCUGAAUCUGACCACAAUUCGCAAUUGGGGAAAAGGAAAUACAACCAAAUAGAUUCAUUUGCCUAUCAAAAGCAAUCAGAAAAAAGAUUAGCUAAUGCAAGAAAAUCGAAAACAAAGAAAUUGACUUAUAUAAAAACAAGUGACGAUGAAGUCAGUUUUUCCAGUACACCAUUUCCAAAAUUAGACGAUAAUGGUUCUUCUUGUGUAUACUCAUACAACAAUUCAGCAACAAUUAGUUCCAGUGAAGGGUUAAUUAUGGCGUUUUCAAAAGUAAAAUGGAUAGAACCACAUGCAAAUGGAUCUAGUAAAAUUCAGUAUGGGACGGUGCCAACAAACUGGAUUGAAGAAGAAGAAGGGCAAGAGUUUAUUCGUUGGCCUUGCAAUGCUAAAGAUGUAGAGCCGUACAUAAAGCGUUGCCAAAAUCCUGGCAUUAAUUGGUUGUUUUUUGUUUUAGUUCAACAUUUUGGGAGUGCAGACAGUUACAUAAAUUGUGAAUCAAUUAAAACAUGCUCAGAAUCUGAAUCUGACCACAAUUCGCAAUUGGGGAAAAGGAAAUACAACCAAAUAGAUUCAUUUGCCUAUCAAAAGCAAUCAGAAAAAAGAUUAGCUAAUGCAAGAAAAUCGAAAACAAAGAAAUUGACUUAUAUAAAAACAAGUGACGAUGAAGUCAGUUUUUCCAGUACACCAUUUCCAAAAUUAGACGAUAAUGGUUCUUCUUGUGUAUACUCAUACAACAAUUCAGCAACAAUUAGUUCCAGUGAAGGGUUAACUUGUGAAAAAAUAAUUAAUAAAGAAAAUGGUAAAAGUGCUGGGGAAACAGAUAAAGACUAUAUUUCUGAUCAGACUUUUAAACGAACAAUGUUAGCAGCAAUAGCACGUCUAGAAAAAAACUUCAAUGACUUUAAAGCCUCAUUUAAGCAGAAUGAUUUAAAAACUUUAGUCAAACCGUUACAUCUAUCAAAACUGCAAUUUGAUGAAAUCUUGGAUCUGGAAGUUUUUCUUUCAGCUGAUAGUAAAAGAAAGGAUUCUGCAGUAGAAUCAUUAUGUAAUGUGGGUGGAAAAUCUACAAUAGAUAUUACAUACAAUGUUAUGAAAAAAGUGAUGAGUGACGAGGCUUCUAGCCACUUUAAUAUAAAAGGCAGUUCUCAGAAAAUCUCAUUUUGUGAAAAGUGCCCAAUAUUAUUUUCUGCUAUAAUUAAUGCCAUCAAAUUACAAGACGAAUCAGCGAAAGAUAGCGAUAUAACAACCGCAAUAGGAAAGUGGCUACGUAUGCAUGGCACACUGUUUAAACGUCAAAUGACAGAAUAACAAUAAAAUAACAUCGUUUUGAUUGAAAAAAAUUUGAAAAUGCAGAAAA